AUUCUUAUUGGUCCGUUAUGUCGCGGGCGUUUAAACAGCUAGGACCGUCAACCAAGCUAAGCGAGCGCUAGUCGUCAAUCCCGAAUGUUUACUGUUACAGAUCAUUAAAUAACAUUUUUCUGGUAAUGACGGAAGUGAAGCAAGACAGUGUAGCGUUGUGAAUUGUGGAAGCGUUUCUUCUAAUUCUGUGUUGUUUGGAAGGUACUUGGUCUUGAUGUUGGACGCAGCUAUCCUUCACGUCAUCAGAAUGGUUCUACACAUCCUCGGAAAUACACAAGAUGACCAGGAGGUCAUCGGGUCACAGAGUCAUCUCCCUGCAAAGAGACGGCGUAGGAGGAGUCUGAUCAGAGCAAUAGGAUCCAGUCUUCCGCUGGCUCCAAUACAGAGAGUUCACUUCCAGAUUUUUCGACGUUCUGAGCCCCCACCAUGGCGUCACCAGUUCUUUGAAGAGGAUUGUGAGCCGACCUUUAUCCCUACCCUGUCAGAUCUACCCUGGAUCAUCAUGGCAACACCAGAUAAAGAUAUCAGGUCCAGGUCUGAAUAUCGGCCGGUCAAGAACAAGACGAAGCGACGAAUCACCAUGACCGUGCGCCCCCUUCACCACACCCCACCCAAAUACUGCACAACCCCCUCCCCCCAGCGAACCCCCACCUGCAGCCAAUCCCCUCUCCCGUUUACAAUAGAACCACAGACGCCUCCCAAGGGUGGUGCGUCUCCUCCCUGGCCAAAGGCCGUUGACCCCUAUGCAAAGGUCGACGACCCUGUCGCCCAGAAGAAGAUAUCGGCGCUGGAAGAUGAGCUGGAGAAGCUGAGGUCACAGAUUGCCAUGAUUGUCACCAUGCAGUCACAGCUGCCACAAGCAGAUCCAUCUCACACUCCAUGUACUCCUGUAAGUCGGAUGAGCAUAGCACCCACGAUGGCCCCUAUUCCACCACCACCUCCUCCACCAUUUGGUGCUGCCCCUCCCCCUCCACCACCACCGUGUGGAGCACCCCCGCCUCCACCUCCACCUCCCCCUCCAAUCUCAGCUCCUAAACUCUCUGCAAUUGACCUCAUCAAACAGAACAGGGCUAAGAACAAGAACAAACCCAAGGAAACAGGAUCAGAUAGUAUGCCAAACAUGGCUGAUAUACUGAAGGGACUUGGGACGGUCAAGUUAAAGUCAAUAGCAAGGUCACCGGGCGGAACCCCCGUCAGGAAGAAACCCAAAUCUUCUGAAGCUAACGACCCAGCCUCCAUCAUCGCCAGGGCCUUGAAGAAGAAGUUUGCCCACGCCCGUCUCAGCUGCAGCCCGACGGCCGCUAACAAGGAGAAUAUCAACAGCUCUGGAUCCCCCGUGGGAAAGUGGAGUCCUGCCAGGCAUGCCAGCCCUAAGUUUGGACAGCAUUUGCUGAAGCCCUCGCUCAGAGCGCAGCCCAGCAUCAGGCAGCCCCGCCCCCUUGCAGAUGUCAAUACAUGAUGGACAGACACUCGGUGAAAGCAGAAGAUAUUAGACCUUAUACCCUACUCAAUAGAGCUCAAAGAGCUGAAUGAUAACUAAUUAAUGGUGAGAGAGAGAGGGGAGAGAGAGAGAGAGGGGGAGGGAGGGAGGGAGGGAGGGA